GAACCAGUGACGACCUCUUUCUAGUUUCGCUAGCUGUGGAGCAGUGUGAACAAAUUCCAACCUAAUCUGUUUUCGUAGGUAGCCGACCAAAAAGAGACCGACAUCAAGAUGCCUCCAAAGAAGGGAGGAGAGGGACCAAAACAACCACCGCUGAUUGGACGCUUCGGGACUUCUCUGAAGAUUGGGAUUGUGGGAUUGCCGAAUGUUGGGAAGUCAACAUUCUUCAAUGUGCUGACCAAGAGCCAGGCUGCAGCAGAGAACUUUCCCUUCUGCACCAUCGACCCCAACGAGAGCAGAGUGCCCAUCCCUGACGAACGCUAUGACUACCUCUGCACCUUCCACAAGCCCCUCAGUAAGGUCCCAGCAUUUCUGAAUGUGGUGGACAUAGCUGGGCUGGUGAAAGGAGCUCAUGCUGGACAAGGACUGGGCAACGCCUUCCUGUCUCACAUUAGUGCCUGUGACGGCAUCUUCCACAUGACACGUGCGUUUGAGGAUGAGGACAUCAUCCAUGUGGAGGGUAAUGUGGACCCAGUGAGGGACAUUGAGAUCAUCCAUGAGGAGCUACGGCUGAAGGAUGAGGAGUCUCUUGGACCAAUCAUAGAUAAGUUGGAGAAGACCGCUGUCAGAGGAGGAGACAAGAAACUCAAACCUGAAUAUGACAUCAUGUUGAAGGUAAAGAACUGGAUUUCGGAGGAGAAGAAACAUGUCCGCUUCUACAAUGACUGGAACGAGAAGGAGAUCGACGUGCUGAACAAAUACCUGUUCCUCACAUCCAAGCCCAUGAUCUACCUGGUCAACCUCUCAGAGAAAGACUACAUCAGGAAAAAGAACAAGUGGCUGAUUAAGAUUAAGGAGUGGGUCGAUGCCCAUGACCCAGGAGCUAUGGUCAUACCAGUGAGUGGAGGUCUUGAGGCCAAACUACAGGACAUGACCGACGAGGAGAAGGAUAAAUACUGUGAGGAGGCGAAGACUCAGAGUGUACUGACUAAGAUCAUUAAGACGGGCUAUGCAGCUCUGCAGUUGGAAUAUUUCUUCACAGCGGGACCAGACGAGGUUAGAGCGUGGACUGUCAGGAAAGGCAGCAAGGCGCCCCAGGCGGCAGGGAAGAUCCACACUGACUUUGAGAAAGGUUUCAUCAUGGCAGAGGUCAUGAAGUUCCAGGACUUCAAAGAUGAGGGCACCGAGAAUGCUGUCAAGGCUGCUGGGAAGUACAGGCAGCUGGGCAGGAACUACAUCGUGGAGGACGGAGACAUUAUAUUUUUCAAAUUCAACACACCCAAUGCACCCAAGGCGGCGAAGAAGUGAUGGGACCAACGCGACCAGUACAAUAACACAGUGUUCUUGUGUCCCGUCUCAUCUUGUCCUUGAGGGCAGCAGUGUUGCUGAUUUUUCUCCCUUCUCCCUAGUAUAAUGAAUGGGAGGAUAGAAUUAGAAUGAAUCAAUCAAUCAUUCUAAUUCUAUGUAUGGUAGGAUGAAAAUCGAGUGCACACUGCAACCCUUGAGGUCAGUACCAGGUCCUGAAGUGUUUCCUGGUCAGGUUAUUUGGUCAGGAAAAACUCUGGGCCCUAGUCAGGACUGAUCGGAACAAGGAGGGACCAUUAUUAUUUUAAGUAAAGUAGGCAUCUCUGACAGUGCCUGACCAGAAACCACCGACGUGACUUCCCUAUUUGCCCCACCAUACAAAAUCUGCCCAGGUGCCUUUUUUGGUUUUGCUUUGGGACCCUGACUAUUGCACCUACCCAUACACUAUUAUAUUCAAUCUAUAUCUUUGCCCACCUCACACAAGACAUAUCUGUAACAUUGUGAAUAAGAGGAAGAUAUAAAUCAGUCUUCUGAUACCCUGUCCAUAUAUAGACUCUCACUCAGUAGCUUUACUUCCAUGUCUCCUUCCCUCAUCUCCUUCCUUUGAAAUUAAGCAAGUGAAUGGACCAUGGAAAUGAAUCGAUUCUUUGAGAUCAGUAUUGGAAUGCAGCCAGAAAGAUAUCUGUUCAUGAUGAUAAACUAAGUGCCAGGGCCCGGUUGCGUAAAACACCUUAAGUUAAUUUUUCCCCUUAAAGUAGCCUUCACUUUAAGUCAGUUGCACAAAACAUUUUAAGGUGAAUUUCCCCCUUAAAUUAAGUGAAAAAGUUAAGGGUGCCCAUGAUGUCCCUUAAUUGCUUCAUUCAGUAUGGAUAUCAAUGUAAACAGCAUUUGUGGAGGUGAAUAUUGCUUUAAUUUGCUCUGGUUAGAAAAGGAAAACAUCAACCAGCUAGCUAGCUACUUAGCUAAACAAUGGAAGGUGCACAAUCCAUGGCUACAAAGCUACCUGGCUAGUUAGCUAUAGCUACUCUGUAAGCUAGCUUGACAUACUAGAAAGUAAUAUAAACAAGUUGAGAAAAAAGUAACUACAAGAAACGUGGUUUAUCUUCUGAAGCAAUUUCGUUAUCCUGUCUUGAUUGUAGAAGUUAUAUUUUGCUAUCUCACAAAAUGAAAGCGAUCUCUUUGAAGAUACUUUUAAUCAGGCCAUAUCCAUGGUAACCAGAUACUAUUUUUUCGCUAUACAUGCCUUUUAAAUUAAGUGAAAAGGUUAAGGGUGCCCAUGAGGUCCCUUAAGUGCUUCAUUCAGUAUGGAUAUCAAUGUAAACUGCAUUUGUGGAGUUGAAUGUUGCUUUCCUCUGCCCUGGUUGUAAAAGGAAAACAUCAACCAGUUAGCUAGGUGUAUAACUAGCUAGCUACUUAGCUAAACAAUGGAAGGUGCACAAUCCAUGGUAGGCUGGACAAUAGAACGAGUCAAAAUUCACCCAAGGCUGAAAAGCGGUAAUAGAACAUUGGCUAAGCUGGAACUCUAGCACGAGCCCAUAUCAAAUGAUUUGAAUCAAACGUUCGCAGAGCCUAUUUUGACUGGAAUGAUGCAUAGAAUUCCAUUUCGCCUUUGUCAGUGAAUCAUGUCGUCUCCAUGUUAACCAUACUCUUUCUGCCGUACAGUACAUGCCUUCAAACUACCGUAAAACCCCUUUAAGUAUGCCUUACCUAAGGAAAACGUUUGAGGGACUCUAUGCAACGCCCCAAUUCCCUUAGGGAAGGGGAAAUUAUAAGAUGUUUUAUGCAACUGGGCCUGACACAAGAAUUUCCAUGGAAACGCAUGUACUGCAACCACAAUAUGGGUCAACAAUACACUCAAUAAAACAAGACAGAUUCA